ACAUACUGUACACACACACACACACCUGCUAAAGGGCAUGCUUUACCCUGGAUUCUUCAGAGAUGGAACAGAGUUAGAAGACGGCUCACGGCACAUGUCUCAUGUCUCUCCCCGACACUGAGGGGAAAAUGACUAAAUGAUGUGUUUUUGUCCCAAUUCUGAUUUUGAAAAAUUGCUCUGAAUAUCCGUGGAGUCCUGAGAGGGAAAUCAAAACCGCUUGUCUACAUUUUUGGCUCAAACUCUGCUAUGGAGUUGGAUUUGUGGCCUCUGAGAGCAGUUUUCUUGCUGGUGUGGUGCUCAGGCUCCUGGUGCAACGAUUGCAAUAUGACAAAGGUCUACUUUGAGUCCCGCAAUUUUCACAACAAGCUCCACUGGGAGGAAGUGAAAAUCCCAGGUCGCGAAGUUCGCUAUAGCGUCAGAUAUCACGCAUACGGAGAGAGAUCCAGGCUGAUGACUGGAUGCAGGAACAUCUCAGAAACAUCCUGUGACCUCAGCUCAGUAAUGACGAACGUUCGUUCAAAAUAUUUUGUCAAGAUCAUGGACAACGAGUUAUGCCUCGGCCAAUUCACACACUUCGUUCCAUUAGAAAGAACUUCUCUGGAAGCUCCUGCGCUGUCUGUGAUGGCGACCAGGUCCUCUUUCACCGUAACACUCACAACUCCUAUGGGGCCUCAGAACCGCUCAAUUAAAGAGAUCAGCUGUUGGGAGAGGUGCCAGGAUUCUGGGAUAUCAUCUGUUAAAUACAUUGUUCAUCUCACACACCCAGAGUCUGAAGCUGGAAAGGUGUUUCACAACACGUCUGGCCUGAUUACAGUGAGUCAUUUAGAAGUGAACACGGAGUACUGUGGCAUUGCAUUAUAUGAGCUCAAUCAUCCGUCCAUAAAGCGGCAGAGUGAAAACACCACCUUCUGUGUGACUUUGCCAGCUACAUACAAGCCCUGGAUUGUGGUAUUCGUCAUGUCUUUGAUAGUGAUCCUUUUCCUCAUGAUUACAUUGGCGUUGAUUUUGUGCCAGCAGUACGUCACAAAGAAGAGGAACCUGCCCAAGGCGCUGCAAUUCAUUUCAGUGGACACCAUUCCUAAUUUCAACCCCGAGCCCAAACUGGAGAUAACCACCCUGAUGUUAUGCACUGAAUCUCGGAAGACCAUCAAGCCUGAACUAACUAUAUUAAAUUUACUGAAACAGUCGACAGCUGUGAGCAUGACAGGUUACCCAGUCCCAAACUAUCAUAAUCAAGACUGGCACUGUCAUUCUUACACUAAUCAACAGGCAGCACCAGUUAGUGACAAGAGUGCUGAGUCCUGCACCAGUUAUAGCAUGGUGGUGGGCGUGAAGAUACCCCAGGAGCAAGAGGAGCUGUCCAGUUGUGCUACCGACAGUGGGUUAGGAGACUCCAUCAGUCCUGGGUUGUCCUCUUGUACAGAAGAGGAUCUUUUCCCGGUGAUGCUUAAUACAGAUCCAGAAGAGGACCUGGGCAUGAUAGAGCCAGUCUCCACCAGUGAGCUUUUGGUGCUGCCAGUGUCACGUUUAAAUGAUGGCACACUGGAGUUCACCGGCUUGGCACCCCAGCGUUUAGUUCCAAAUGUAAUCCAUAGCUCAGAGAUGAUGUCCCUUGGGGUAAGAUCACCACCUGAGGAGAGGACUCUUCUGCUGACAGAUAUUUACUCCACUGAGGAGUCAGACUGCACAGACAAUGAAUCAAGUCCUAAUUACAGCAAAGCCUACCUACCAAACAGAGUCCCUCAGAGCUGUUCGGAGUUACCAUUUACUGAAACCAAAGGCCUGUUAUCAAACUUUACUUCACACUACAGAGACAACUGGGUAGCAGGAAUCUUACCAGAUCCUCUGGCUAAUGAUAUGAACGGUAUCGUGAGAGACACUCUACUUCAUGAAACAGAAGAGGAUGCAGAUGAAUCACCAUCAGUAAUUGAAGCAAACUUUCUACAUGGAUGGAUGGUUCAAAUCCAAGGAUAGUGUGUUUUUGGGUUGAACUCUUGGUGCUGGCUUGAAAUAAGUCUUGAUGUUAACCAAAAAUGAAACCCGCUCAUUGAGCAAAGGAUGCAUUUAAAAUGCAAGACUGGGUUCUUGGUCAGCUACGAGCAGCAGAUGUUAGGUAGGACUACAGGAAGGAUAGGGAGACUGAAGAAGCUCUUGAGUGCUUGCUAAUGAGCACAUUUCCCAUAUGUCUCAUAUCAAUGGCCUUUGUAGUGGUACUCAUACUGUAGCUAAGUCUGAAGGAUUACAGCUUCACACCAUUUGAAGUUUAAGAUGCUCCAGCACUUGUACCACACACACCCCAGCUCUGACUCAUUAGUUAAAUGUCAAGCAGUUGAAGCAGGUGUGUUCAACAUUAACACUAAGCUAGGUGGUGAGGUGUAAAAUGUGAUGGAAGAGUUAAAACUGGUUUACGUUUUUGCAUCUAAUAAAUUUUUUAUGUAGUUUGACUGAAAUCAACUGUAUAGCCAAAGGUAUGGGGACACCUAGACAUCAUACUCAUAUGUGCUUGCCGUACAUCAUUUUUAGGAUCUUUUACCUAUUCAAGUGCAUAGUAAAGACAAGAAAGAUGUGGGCUAAGGAGGCUUUCUGCACAGGCAGCAUUCCAAUUCAUCUUAUAUUUGUCAAGUUAAGAUCAGGCCUCCUUCAAAGCUUCAAGUCUUUUUUUGUGCAACCUUGGCAACCCAUGUAUUGUCCAUUCCAUGCAAGAACAAAUUCGGGCCCCUCAAUUUUAGUGAACUAAAAAUCUUCAUACAAAGUAAUUAAUUAGUUUGUUUCCUGGUGGUCUAGUGGUUAGGAUGCGGCGCUCUCAAUGCUGCAACCCGGGUUCGAUCCCCGGUCAGGGAACCAACCCCAGCCAUUAGGGUUGCACAAAAAGUGCCGGUCCCAAGCCCGGAUAAAUGGGGAGGGUUGCAUUAGGAAGGGCAUCCAGCGUAAAAACAUGUGCCAAAUCAAACAUGCGGAUGGUCCGCUGUGGCGACCCCUAAUGGGAAAAGCCGAAAAAAAGUGGUAGUAAACUAAGUAAUUAGUAAAAUACAUACAAAGACAGAAAACCACAUAGCAUUGUGACAAACACAUAUUAGAGUAAUGCUUAGGUGUUCACAUACUGUUCGCAUACUUCUAGGAAAUUUGUGCAGCUCAGGUAGCAGCCAAACGUCGAGCCAAAAUAACUUACUAGUUAUGAGAAUGUCUUUUUUUUCUUAUCUGUUUAUUUAUUUCCUGCUUUGACCAGACAGAAGUUAUUAGCUGACUGUAAAUAGGCUCUUUGUUUCCUGGUGAAACCAUGCCAAAAGCUCAGCAAUUAAAGAGUGAGGGUUUUGAUGUAUGAGAAUGAAAUAGGGAUAUUGUAUGUUGUAGUGCCUGGUAAAUUGUCAUUAUCUCAAGUGGUUGUUAUGACGUAAAUUGUAGAAAUUAUUGUAAAGUUUAUUGUAUCAUUCGAUACAAUACUUGACUUGAAGUCUGUAGCAUUAUGUACUACCUACAUUAUCUUAUACUGUAAGAAUGUCAUGUGCAUGUUUUGUUGAGAAGUUGAAGAGGCUGUGAUAACGCUUGAUGAAUGAUUGUAGUCUCAUUUCUGAUUUCUGGUGUUCAAAUGAGCUUCAGAUGUCAUCAAGCCAUUAAUGAGGGUUGUUGUUGUUUACUUUAGCUAUCUUUCCGAUUAGAAACAUGUAUACUAGCUCAUCAGAGAGCCAGUGUUUUAGAAGUUCCCUAAAAAAUAUUUCUGCUAAUCACUGUAAGCUUCACUUGCUUAUACCUCAUAGCUGCAGUGCAGAACUAAAUCCAAGAUUUACACACUACAUAUCAUAUUUUUGGAAUGUCUUUUUUUGUAUUGGCUGAAGUACUGCUUUAAAUAUCACUGAACAUGCAUUUGAAUCGAUUACAUUUUUUAAGCGUUUACAUAUGAAAUGGAAAAAAUACUGUACGUCAUGACUGAUAGACCUGUUCAUUGUUUAUACUCGAUUUACCUGUAACUCUGUAUUUGUGUUGUAUCAUUGUUGUGUCAUUCGGCAACGUGUGACCUGUUGUAUAUACAGUUACUUUUGUCAAUCUUUUGUCUAUGGAAUAAGAAUGUGAUGAUAUUGUAUACGCUGAAAUGUGAAUUUUGAAAAAGCAGGUUGAGUUUCUCAGGCUUUUGGGUGUGGAUGAUCCUUGGGGAGGCUUGCUGGUUUGGGAGUUAACUUCAACCAUGCUCAUUUGAAUCUGAACACAAUAAAGUGGAGAAACAGC